UAUAUCUAGCUGUUUUGUCCGUUUUUCUUCUAGUUUUGCGAUAUUCCACCCAUUCUCCUUUCGCCUCAAUGCUGGGUUUCGAUGCGAUUCUUCAGCCCGGCCAGGACGCCAAGCCUACAUACAUGAUUCUGCCUCCAAACGACCCGUCACCCCAGCCAUCAAGACGGAAAUAUCUUCAAGGGUGGAGAUUUGGUGCCAUUAACUGCGGAAUUGCGGCUUCCGUGGUUUUCCUCGUAAAUCUCGUGGCCACAAUAGUCUGUACCCGACACAGCCGCGAUGAGCCGCUGUACAAGGGCGAUUGCGAGAGGGCACGUCAAAUCAACACCGCACUACACAUAUUCAUCAACAUACUAAGCACAGUUCUGCUGAGUUCAAGCAAUUACUGCAUGCAAUGCUUGUCAGCACCAACAAGAAAAGAUGUGGAUGCUGCGCAUGCUCUGAAUAAAUGGCUUGAUAUUGGUAUCAUGAGCUAUCGCAACCUGCGGUUUAUUAGCAAAAAGCGUGUUGCAUUAUGGGCUCUUCUAGCGCUUUCUUCUGUCCCUCUACACCUUAUGUUUAACUCCGUUGUAUACAUGUCUAUUACAGAUCAUGAGUACUCUGUGUUUGGAGUAACUCAAUCAUUCAUCAAUAGUUCUGGAUGUGAGGGUUGUUCCGAGAUGUACCGACCAGAUUCCAUCCGUGUGGAGGAUGGGCCAUCAUCUGAAUACGAGAACACUGUAUUACUCCAGAACCUACACCGGCAAGCCUAUGAAGGCCGUCUAGAGAGACUCGAAAAUCUUGACUGCAUCAAUGCAUACGCGAGAUUAAUACAAUCUGACCGCCGAAACUUGUUCCUGGUUUUUCGAGACGAUGAUGCUCCAAUCGUACGAUGGAUUACAUUCUCGGAAGCAUCGCCUGUCUUUUGGGCACACAGCAUGCAUUUUUACGACCCCGUUCCUUACUCAUGGAUCAGUCCACCACCUUUCAAAAACACCUUCAACGAAUUACAAAACUCACCUGCAAACUGGACUGUCGAAUCCUGCGACGACUACUGGUGUGACGACUCAAGCCCAAGUGGCCCGAUCCAGUACUGCUUAAGUGAAAAGAUAGAACCACAAUGCCAAAUUCGUUGGAGCACGGAAAUUGCAAUGGUGGUAGUGUUGCUUAAUUUCCUCAAGACUACAGAUAUGUGUCUUGUGUCGAUGGAUGAUGCGAUACUCAUUCAAAAAAAGAGUUUUAAGAUUAGGGCAAGGCGUUGGAACGGUCAAAGACACAAAUGGAAAGAUGCUGUUAGCGGUCCUCGUUCCGGUUUUCUCUUUUUGCUGGUUCUCGCUAUCCUCACAGCUAUAAGCUUCUUACUCCAUAAGUCUAUCCAAAUCUAUAAUGAUUCAGACAGAGAAAAAUUGGCAAAUUGGACUGAGAUAGGUUUCGGGGCCAUCGAUCCUCGAACAAUGAUCGAUAUCGGAUCUCCAAACGUGCUUGCCAACGCUUUGGUAGCCAACAGCGCACAACUAGCCGUCUCAGUAUUUUAUUUCUCAUAUAAUAGCCUAUUCACAAACAUGGUUCUAGGAUACGAAUGGGCCACGUACGCUUACCAGAAGAAAGGACUGAGGGUGACUACUCAGGCCAAAGGAGAUCAAAGAUCAUCCUAUUUCCUAUCUCUGCCGUAUCGAUUCGCGUUGCCAAUGAUGAUAGCAAGUGGUCUUAUGCAUUGGGUUAUGUCACAAAGUUUUUUCUUUGUCGCACUUGACAGAUACUCUGCUUAUAAUCUAGUCGGCUACACAAAAUCCUUCAAGUGUGGAUUUUCGCCGAUUGCAAUCAUAACAGGGCUCGUGGUUGUAGUGGUACUGCUGCUUGUGGCAUUUGUGGUUGGAAAUCUACGCCACCCCCACAAUACCAUUCUUGUUGGAAGCUGCAGUAUCGCGAUAAGUGCCGCCUGUCACCCCUUGUUGUCUGGAGAGGACGAAGGCAGGGAUCUUGCCCAGGAAAAGUUGCAAUGGGGCGUGGUUGGUGAGAAUCCGGAUGGGUCGGGUCAUUGCUCGUUUUCGGGAGGACCUGUGGAUGAGUUAAAGAAAGGAGGAAUGUAUUAA